CAAAAAGCAGCCGGAACAAGAGUUGUUCCGUUCUCGCGCCCCAAGAAAACCAUCCCACCACCUUAUCAGCCCACUUGCCCACCUUUCCCUUUUCUCGCCUUCCCCUCACAAGUUUUGCUUCCCGGUUCUCGCCCGUCACGAUGGACUCCGCAGCGCAGGCACGUUACGAUCUCAUUCGCGAGAACCUCGCUGAGGUUCUGAACCCGGAGAUCAUCGAAGGCAUCUUGGCAGAGGGCCGCAACCCCCGCAUCUACUGGGGAACGGCCACGACGGGAAGACCCCACGUCGGUUAUUUCCUCGCUGCCUUGAAAAUCGCUCAAUUGCUCCGUGCCCACUGCGACGUUGUCGUCCUGCUCGCCGAUAUUCAUGGCUUCCUCGAUAAUCUGAAGGCGCCGCUCGAGCUGGUGGACAACCGCGCGCAGUACUACCGCAAGAUUAUCACCGCCAUUCUCGAAUCAGUCGGCGUGUCGACCGAGAAGCUCGAGUUCGUUCUCGGUAGCUCCUACCAAAAAAGCCCCGAAUAUGUCAUGGAUGUGUACCGCUUGUCGAGUUUGAUUUCCGAGUCGGAUGCGAAGAAGGCCGGUGCGGAGGUCGUCAAGCAGACUGAUAAUGCUCCCAUGAGUGGUCUUUUGUACCCGGUGCUUCAGGUGCUCGACGAAGAACACUUAAAGGUUGAUUGUCAGCUGGGUGGUAUGGACCAGCGGAAACUUUUCGCCGCUGCCGUGGAAUGGCUGCCCAAGAUCGGCUAUCGCAAGCGCGCACAUCUCAUCAACCCUAUGAUUAGCGGAUUGAAGGGCGCCAAGAUGAGUUCCAGCAUCGAAGAUAGCAAGAUUGAUCUCCUGGACUCGGCCGACAGCAUCUCGAAGAAGAUUCGCAAGGCGGAAUCUGCCCCCAAGGUCGUCGAGGGUAACGGGGUCAUCGCCCUGGUGGAAUAUGUUCUCCUGCCCGCUGCCGAUCUCAAGGGCAAGAAGGAAUUCCGGGUCGAGCGCAAGGACCAGGAGCCACUGAUCUACACUGAUAUCAAGCAGCUCGAGGAGGAUUACAAGAACGAUGUUUUGACACCACAAAUGCUUAAGCCUGCUGUGGCCGACGGUCUUAUCAGCCUCAUGGCACCUAUUCAGGCCGCUUACCAGGCCUCUACCGAAUGGCAGGAGAUCACUGCCAAGGCUUACCCGCCUCCCGUUGCUGAAAAGAAGCAGAAGAAAAUCAAGAACAAGGGUACUCGCCAUCCCGGUGCCCCCACGGAGGACAAAGCAACCACGGAGCAAUAGUUUUGAACAGGGCCUUGAUAAAAUAUACCGAAGCAUAUACAGUUCAUUCACAAUCUUAGCGAUAGAACGCCUGCAAUGACUCAGGGAAUUUCUUUUGAUCAAGAACCAAAUUCGAAUUUCGACCGAGAGAUUUAACCUUCAGUUUCGCGAGACAUUCUCAUAACUAGAGCCAACGGAUUCAGAACUUCAGAGUUCGGACCUAUGACAAACAAGCGGAGACAGGGAGAAUGGAGUUUCUUGUAUUGACUAGCGCAUGUCUCAUCUUACGCAAAAAUGACAAACCAGAUUCAUGUUGCAGAGGGUAGCCUUGCCUAUAUUGUCAUCGUCGAUGCGCCGGUGUGGGCAAUGACCUGGGUAGCAGAUGAUCUGGAAGGAGCUUUGUUAACUUAAUUAGACCCAAAUUUCCGGCAGUAUGACAUGAUAUAUCUGGGAUUCUUCGCUUAGUGUGUCAUUACCAG